GCCAAACUGGCAACUACUACACUGGCCCUCUCACACUGCACGCUCGCUGUGUAAUGGCUACAACAAUCACGACUCCAAACACCAACCACUUGCACCCCUUCAGCGUUGCGCUUAUGCCGGGAACCUAGCCUCUUGAACGGUGCCAGUGUGCACAAAGGCUCCAAACGUGGCUGUUCUUUUGGGUGCAGUGUCUCAUAAACACGAUACACUACAGGUUGCCAGCAGCAGCUGUGACGUGACGUCUUGUCGGCCAACUCAACCAAUCUCUCCGAGUUCGUUCAUUCCUGUUCACCAUUGUCUGCGAGUCGUUCGCUGCAAAUCGGAGAUGUGGCUCGGCGAAAUACUCCCCGGGGCAAACCCAAUGGUGCUGUGCUGGUGCAGAAGGCUGCGCCGUCCUUCCCCCGAACCCCGCAUCAGGAUGACGAGCUAAUAGUUAGUCAAGGACCCUAAACCAAGCACUAUGACGAUUUAGGAUUGGUGGGGGAAGACAAUAAAGGAGGGGUAAACCCGGUGAAUUGCACUUUUGUCCGACUGUGCUUUAGCCACUGGUGUGGGUGGCCGGCUUACACCAACCCCACGCAACCACGAUGAUGCUCUAUCAAAAGCUCGCAUCACCGCCCUUUGCCCUCCACCCUCCCUCGGCCGUAAAGCACCAACAGCUUUCCCGAAAUGGCUAGGUGAACAAUUGUGGUUGCCGCAAAAGCUGUCCUUAUGGUCGGCACUCUCCACUUGCACUCACACUUGGCGACUGGAAGUCGGUCGCUUGUGCUGCUGCUGCAACGUCGCCAUGCCCCAAAUGGCAAUGCGACAUGUCAGGCGCCAGCCACAUAUGUGCUGUCCCAGCUUCCCCGACGAGAGAACGCUGUUCAUCCAUGGCUCGUAGACUGUCCUCCGGAUGGUUCAGGAUGCAGUCCAACGCAUCCUAGUGUCCCAUCAUGCAUCCUUUCCAGAGUGGCCUCUGGUAGUAUCGCCCAGCAUGUCAGCCUUCUUCUCUCGUGAGGGGUAGUACUGGUUGGGAUAUGCUCUCGCCUAUAUCAAUGAGCUCUCUCCCUCGCCAGUUCGUCUCUAAAUCCAUCUCCUCACGCUCACGUACACGCACACCUCACAAAGCAGCUUUAGCACUACAGGACUUCCACCAUCCUCCUCCUCAGCUGCCCACUAACACAUCAUCAUGUACACCAACUCUUGGUCCAUCGCCAAGGCUUUGGCUUUGGCUGGUGGCGCCACACAGGUCCUCGGUUCUCCCGUUCCUGUCAACAGCGCCGCUUCUGGCUCUUUCCAAUAUGCCUUCCAUUCCCAGGUUGCUACCCAGACCCUCAACCGCUUCUGGUACAACGAGCAAUCGGGUCUUUGGAACGAUGCCUGGUGGAACAGUGGUAACGCAUUGACUAUGCUUGCCGACUUCCACACCCUCGCCCCCAUUGAGGCCAUCUCUGUUCAGGUCCCCCGCAUCAUCGAAAACACUUUUGUGCAGGCGCAAAAGGCAAAUGUUGCUACCGUCAAGAGAAUGACUCCUGAGGGAGUCAUGUCGACCAUGACUUGUGUCAACGGGGAUGGUAACUGCGCUCCCUUCAAGAGAGAUCUUCAGACUCGCCGUUUUGCUCAGUUUCUCAACGAGUACUAUGACGACGAAGGCUGGUGGGCACUUGGUCUCAUCCACUCCUACGACACUAUCGGAAAGAAGGAGUACCUCGACGCCGCUGUCAACAUCUUCAAGGACAUGCAAACCGGUCUUGGUGGCCCCUGCAAGGGCGGUAUCUUCUGGAGCAAGGACCGCAACUAUGUCAAUGCCAUUGCCAAUGAGCUCUACCUUUCGGUUGCUGCUGCUCUCGCCAACCGCAUCCCCGCUGACAAGGAUCACUACACCAAGAUUGCCAAGGACCAGUGGGAAUGGUUCGCCAACAGUGGCAUGAUCAACGAGAAGAACCUCAUCAACGACGGUCUCGACGGUAACUGUAAGAACAAUGGCGGAAUCACUUGGUCCUACAACCAGGGUGUCGUUCUCGGUGGUUUGACCGAGCUCUUCCGCGCCACUGGCGACCGCUCUUACCUCGAUCGCGCCACCACCAUCGCCAAGGCUGCUAUUCAGGCUCUCUCCGACAAGGACGGCGUCCUAGUUGAGGCUAACAAGUGCGAAUUUGACGACUCCCGUUGCGGAAUGGACGGCCAGCAGUUCAAGGGUAUCUUUGUUCGCAACCUUCGAUACCUCCACGAGGAAGCUGAAGACGACCAGUUCGUAGAGUUCAUUGUUCGCAACGCCGACGCUAUCUGGAACAAGGAUCGCGACGACCAGUUCAGACUUGGUGUGUCAUGGGAUGGUCCCUUCUUCUCGACCACCGGCCCUGCCCACAGCGCCGCCCUCGACGUCUUGAUUUCGGCCAUUGCUGUCACAGCCGACGGCUCGCCUUUCCAUUCAGUGUCUACUGAGACUACUGAUAAUCAGAAGGCUGGAACUCCCGCUCCUGAAGGUAACUCUACCACCAGUGGUUCUCCCCAGGGCGAUGCUACUGAAACUAACAAUCCCGAGGGUAUUAAUCCAACCGAGACCACAUACCCAGAGCAAAACUGCUCUGGCGAGUCCAAGGAGCCCGAAGGAGGUGAGUAUAACGACCCGGAUGAAUUCAAGGAUCCCGAUGAGUAUCAAGAUCCCAAUGAAUACCAGGAUCCUGAUGAGUACAAGGAUCCUGAUGAGUACAAGGACCCCGAUGAGUACAAGGACCCCGAUGAGUACAAGGACCCCAACGAGUACAAGGACCCCGAUGAGUACAAGGACCCCGAUGAGUACAAGGACCCCGAUGAGUACAAGGACCCCGAUGAGUACAAGGACCCCGAUGAGUACAAGGACCCCAACGAGUAUGAAGAUCCUGAGGAGUAUAAAGACCCUGAGGAGUAUAAAGACCCUGAGGAGUAUAAAGAUCCUGAGGAGUACAAGGACCCCAACGAGUAUGAUGAGCCGGAGGAGUACAGGAAACUUCAAUCCCGCGAGGUAGAGGAUCCCGAAGACCCUGAAGAUAUGGAAGACCCCGAUGACCCCGAAGACCCCGAGGAUCCUGAAGAUCCGGAAGACCCUGAAGACCUGAGGAUGAUGAGGACGACGAGUGCGACGAAGACCACGAGAAGCUUGAUUGUUAAGGAAAGGCUGGUUCCUGACUCCUUUUGAACAGAUUGUAACGAUAUUUACGAGCUUGGACAUACGAGACGGUGUAUAGAUUUAAUUCGAAGUGACAACUGUUGCCUUGUCAUUCAUUUAUCUUAUACAAGCAUCAUAUUGAGUGUAAAUCUAAAUAAGCGAGA